CGGGAAAGCUUUCCUUUGCCGCUGAUUGGUUGACAGGCGGUGACGCAACCAUCGCUAUUUGAAGGUGUGAGGCAGGCCAGUCCGCGCCCUAAUAGAGUCGAUUAAGGUGCGUUAAGCGUUUAGGAGGUUUCCUGGAUUCUGGCUGGAACGUUCCCUACAAGUUGGGCAGAUAAAAACCGAGAAUGGAGGAAAACUGGGAUACGGAAAUUGAAACCGAAAAGCUAACUUAUAUCCCAAAUUUCAGUACAUUGGAGACAGACAAUACAGAUGAUAAUUACAGUGCCUACUCGAACAAUGAUAUCAAUCAAAAUAAUAAAUCUGAAAGGAAUUUUGGAAACAGAGGAGGUUAUCGAUCUGAAAGGGGUAGAACGAGUAAUUUUAACAGAGGGAGCCGAACUGAAAGGGGAAGAGGACGAGGGUUUGAUACUAAUCAAAAUGAUAAUUUUUCUUCUGAGAGACAUGUGUUUGGCGAUAAUGAUGAGAGGGAUCAACGCAGAGGGUUUCGAGGCAGAGGUGGAUAUAAUGCCAACGAGGAUGGACAGAAGCCUAAUGCCUUUCGAGGAAGAGGUGGGUUCAGAGAUGAGAAUGAACAACGACGAGGCUUUGGAGACAGAAGAGGAUUUAGAAAUGAGAAUGGCCAGAGAAGAAACUUUGAUAACAGAGGAGAUUUCGAUAAUACUGGUGAAGGAGAGGACCGUCCUCGUGGGAGAGGUGGUUUUGGCAACUUUAUCUCUGAUACUGAUGGAAGAGGGCGAAGAGGAGGUCGAGGUGGUGGAAGCCAGUAUGGUGGAUUCAAAGGAAAAAAUGAAGACGGUGGCAAUGAAUAUGGAAAAAGUCAAGGAGAAGGAGCAGAUAAAGAGGAAAAACCAAAAAAGGUGACCUACAUCCCCCCACCUCCACCUGAUGGUGAAGAUGAUAUCUUCCGGCACUACCAGUCUGGAAUCAAUUUUGAUAAAUACGAUGAGAUUCUAGUUGAUGUGAAAGGAAAGGAUGUUCCUCCCGCCAUAUUGACUUUUGAAGAAGCAAACCUUUGUGAGACACUAAGGAGGAAUGUUGCUAAAGCUGGAUAUAUAAAGCUAACACCAGUGCAGAAACACAGCAUACCUAUUAUACUGGCUGGCCACGAUUUAAUGGCUUGUGCACAGACCGGUUCUGGUAAAACCGCUGCUUUUCUUUUGCCAAUUCUCAGUCAUAUGAUGAAUGAAGGAAUUACAGCCAGUCAGUUCUUAACACUUCAGGAACCGGAAGCCAUAAUUAUUGCCCCUACCAGAGAACUUAUUAACCAGAUAUAUCUCGAUGCUCGAAAAUUUUCACACGGAACCUGCGUGCGUCCAGUAGUUGUAUAUGGAGGUAUACAACCUGUGCAUGCAAUGAAGGACGUUGAAAGAGGGUGCAAUAUACUUUGUGCAACCCCUGGAAGAUUGAUGGACAUAAUAAGUAAAGAAAAGAUUGGCUUAAGUAAGCUAAAAUAUCUAGUUCUGGAUGAAGCGGAUCGCAUGUUGGAUAUGGGAUUUGCCAAAGAAAUUAACAGAUUAAUCGAAAGUCCAGGAAUGCCGAAAAAUGAAGAGCGACAAACACUAAUGUUCAGUGCUACCUAUCCUGAAGAAGUCCGGAGGUUGGCUUUGAAGUUUUUGAAAUCCAAUCAUUUCUUUGUUGUGGUCGGAUUAGUUGGAGGAGCUUGUAGUGAUGUGGAGCAAACAAUUCUUGAAGUAAGAGAAUAUGGAAAGAAGGACAGGCUGCUUAAAAUUCUGCAAAACUCAGGCAAUGAGCGCACAAUGAUUUUUGUGAAUACAAAAAAGAAAGCAGAUGUUAUUGCCAGUUUCCUUUGUCAAGAACAUAUUUCAACAACGAGCAUUCAUGGUGCUAGAGAACAAUGUCAAAGAGAGACGGCUCUCUGGGAUUUCAGAACGGGAAAGUGUCUUGUUAUUGUUUGUACAGCAGUUGCCGCGAGAGGUUUGGAUAUUGAAAGUGUUCAACAUGUGAUAAAUUAUGAUGUUCCUAAGGAAAUUGAGGAGUAUGUCCACAGAAUUGGACGUACCGGUCGCUGUGGUAACAUCGGAAAGGCAACUUCAUUUUUCAAUGUUCCGGAAGACCACGUUAUUGCUCGUCCCCUUGUGAAAAUUCUUACGGACGCUCGUCAAGAAGUCCCUGCAUGGUUAGAAGAAAUUGCCUUUGGUGGCUACGGAGCUUUGAACAGCUACUAUGCAACGGACUCUAUGGGCGAACAGGCUGGAGAAAACGUCAGUACUCCUUCAUUCACUCAAGAUGAAGAAGCUAGCUGGGAUUAAAGACUAUAAACAAAAUUCAAAUAUUGUUAAAAUGUUUAAAAAAAAAAAACUUGUUUAUUAACAUCUUUUCCAAGAGCUGAAAAGGCAAAAUUUGUUUUGUAAGAAAUUCUAAUAGCAAGCAGGAAAGGUUAUUUUCUUUUGUUUUCAGCCUUCAAAUAAGAGAAUGUUUAUUUG